ACUAAAAUAAAUCAUAUUUUAUCCAAUUAAAAAUAAUUCUCUUGCGUUUCUUUAAGCAUAAAAACCAAAACUUUCUCUUUGGUUUUGCUUUCUUCUAAGCAUCUAUCUGCAGGAGUGAAUCACAAAACCGAAUUUGGAGGAUUCUUUCUGAGUGAGAAAAUGGCGUCGAAACGGAUCUUGAAGGAGCUGAAGGAUCUCCAGAAAGACCCUCCAACCUCCUGUAGUGCAGGUCCAGUUGCUGAAGACAUGUUUCAUUGGCAAGCUACAAUAAUGGGUCCUGCAGAGAGUCCGUAUUCAGGCGGUGUGUUUCUCGUUACCAUUCACUUCCCUCCUGACUACCCAUUCAAACCUCCAAAGGUUGCAUUUAGGACAAAGGUGUUUCACCCUAAUAUCAACAGCAAUGGGAGCAUUUGCCUUGACAUUUUGAAAGAACAAUGGAGCCCCGCUCUCACCAUUUCCAAGGUGUUGCUCUCGAUAUGUUCGCUGUUGACAGAUCCAAAUCCAGAUGACCCGUUGGUGCCAGAGAUUGCACACAUGUACAAAACCGACAGAGCCAAAUACGAGGCUACUGCAAGAAACUGGACUCAGAAGUAUGCCAUGGGCUAAACAAAGAUUCGUAUGCUUCAGCACCUGUUUAUGCUCUUAUAUCUGUUUGUUUCUUCUUCUUGUUUUAAUUUUAAUAAAAAUGUCUAAAAUAU